UGGAGUCAUUGCACAUUGUGGUAUUAGUACUUUUACUGCAGUAAGGGAUCUGAGUACUUUUUCCACCACUGCACAGGUUUUGAUGAGUUGUUGAGGUAUUUCAGUCUGAAAUACCAAAGCAGUCGCCCUCCAGUGAUCCAUCACACGGGCGCCACGGUUACACACACACACACACACACACGCACACACACACACACACACACACACACACUGACAGACAGAGAGGAGAUAUAUGUGUCAGGGAACUCCGUCUCCACGGCAACGGUAAACAGUUUUGUCAGUGUGACUUACACACAGGUGAAACAUUAGCCGGACCAAGAGAAAGAAACCACACACACACACGAACACACACACACACACACACACACACACACACACACACUCUGCUUAGGACAGAUGGCGGAUUCACAGCGAACAUCUGAACCCAUCAACUUUGUGCAUCAGGAUGAAAUCUGGAAAGCACAUGUAAAAGUUGAGAAGAGUUCAGCUGAAGUCUGGCCGAACAAGUGGGGCUUCCUGACAGAGGCCUAUAAGGAGUACGAGAGGGACAGUGUGAAGCUGAAAGAGGCGAGAGCGGAGCGUCCCCGUCACCUGGCAACACAACCUCCGACCCCUCCAGAAAAAAUCAUACAAGUUGGCCCCUCUCCUCCAGUUCCUCAGACGUCUCAGGCUCUGAUUGGUUGGCGUUCAGCUCACUCACAUCUUCAGCUAGAAAAGUAUUCCACAGUGCAUCAUGGGAGGCGUAGUUUCCUGAAGGAGCUUGGCUGGCCUCUUAAUGCCUGCAUCUGACUGUGUGGUCUUGGCUAAUGACUGACUGACUGACUGGCUGACUGUGUGCACUACGAACUAUGAAUAAAGACAUAAAAUAAU